AUGUCCGCCACGGAAGAUGCCCGCAUCGCAGCUCUCCAGAAAUACACCGCCUGUGACAUAUCAGACGCCCUCGUCAAGCUCAAAGUCCCUGGGGCUGGAUUCUUGCCCGACCUCCAGCUCCUCAACCAAUCAACCCCUGCAGAUGCUCCCAUUACCAUAGCACCGGCGUCCACCAUACUAUUUGCAAGGAAGGGUGAAAAGCUGGAGUCGCCCCCGGCCAACAUCCCCAAAGACACCCAUUGGGCAGAUAUCACGGAGCCAGGAACCAUUGUGAUCAUCAGGCAGCCCGAUGGUCAGAAGAACGCCGUCUGCGGGGGCAUCAUGGCCGUCAGGAUGAAGGUCCGCCAAGCCAAGGCGGUCGUCGUCGUGGGUCGUGCGAGGGAUCUGGACGAACUGACCAGUACGGGCCUUCCCAUCUGGUCGCGAGGCAUGUCCACCGUCGGCGCAGGGGCGGAGAGCUCGCCGUGGGCAGUCCAGGUGCCAAUCGCCGUUGACGGGACAGUCGUCAACCCUGGCGAUCUCGUUUUUGCUGACCCAGUCAAUGGAGUCGUUGUCAUUCCCAAGGACAAGACCGACCAGGUGUUGGAGCUCCUGCCGAAGCUGACGGCAGCUGACGACAAGGUCAAGGAAGACGUGCUGAAAGGCACGAGCGUCUUUGACGCCUUCAAGGCUCACCGGAGCAACCUCUAG